AUGUCGGGCUCCACACAGGAGAAGCCGCUCAAUGAGCUCCUCACUCGUUCCAUGGUCGACAUCUACGUUGGCACUGAAAACACACACUGGAUCCUUCAUGAAAAGCUCCUCUGCCAUCACUCACCCUUCUUCCGCAAGAUCUUCUACUCCAAGACGUCUGCGCAUAACAAGACGCAAUCGUUCGGCCUACCCGACGAGGAAGAUGCGCCAUUCAAGACGUUUGUCGGCUGGCUGUACAGCUCCUCUCUGCCCGUACCGCGUGAGGAGGCUGAUUUGGGAGUGGCCUUUGACCUCUACCUAAUGGCCGAGAAGUUCGAGAUCCCAUCUCUCAUCGCCGACGUCCUACAGGUCGUCCGUGAAUGGUACAAGUACAGCGACACAUACCCCGGCCUACGCCGCGUCCAAUACAUCUACGCCAACACCGAAGAGGGCUCGCCAAUGCGCCACAUGCUCGUCCACUCGGUUGCGCGCCUCAUGGUGCUCGAGAAGGGCAUCCCAGCACACUGGGACAAAGCACUGCGCAAGAACGGUCAACUCGCCGUCGACAUCAUCCGAGCCAUCCAAGACUGGAGGCUCGAGGAAGACGUUGUCCCGGAUGCGAGAGAAGACCCAAGUGAAGGGGAAGAACUUGUUGAUGUUGAGCAAGAGACAGAGAAGCUCGACCAAGAGGCAGAGCAAGAGAUUGAGGGUGCAGAGGGCGAGGGCGAGGGCGCAGACGCCGAUGACUCUGAGGAUACGGUUGUCGAGUCGCCUACUGCCGAGUCCAAACGUCCCGAGUCCUUCAACAAGACCAAAGAUGGCAAGAGUGCGGACGGUGUGAGCAAGAAGGUCAACGACUUCACCAAGGACUUCAAGAAGUUCAGUCUGCAGGAAGUGCCCAAUGGGCUGAGGAACGAUGACUACGGCACGCUUCGCGCUUAG